AGCUGAUAGGAUCCCUACAGGGUCCCCUCAUCCAAGCUCUUGGAACGCGCAGGCCGUGGCCAGCUGUAGGAUUCUUGUGUGUCCCAGCUGAGGAUCACUAUGGAGGAGCUUCAUCAGGAGGCUGGGAAAGAGAGCAAGCCUUCCUCCAUGCCGGUGGAUCUGCAGGGAGAGAGCUCCUUACAGGUGGAGAUUUCUGAUGCAGUGAGUGAGCGGGACAAGGUGAAGUUCACUGUUCAAACCAAGAGUGGCCUCCCUCACUUUGCCCAGCCUGAGUUCUCAGUGGUUCGGCAGCACGAGGAAUUCAUCUGGCUACAUGACACCUAUGUGGAAAACGAGGAGUACGCCGGCCUUAUCAUUCCCCCAGCCCCUCCCAGGCCAGACUUCGAGGCUUCAAGGGAAAAGCUGCAGAAGUUAGGUGAGGGCGACAGCUCCAUCACCCGGGAAGAGUUUGCCAAGAUGAAGCAGGAGCUAGAAGCGGAGUACUUGGCCAUCUUUAAGAAGACGGUUGCAAUGCAUGAGGUCUUCCUGCAGCGCCUGGCAGCCCAUCCCACCCUGCGGCAGGAUCACAACUUCUCUGUCUUCUUGGAAUACAGCCAGGAUCUGAGUGUUCGAGAGAAGAACAGAAAGGAGGUCUUGGGAGGGUUCCUGAGGAGCAUCGUCAGAUCUGCAGACGAGGUCCUCAUCACCGGCAUAUCGGGGCUCAAGGAGGUAGAUGACUUCUUUGAGCACGAGAGGACCUUCCUAGUAGAAUACCACAACCGAAUCAGAGACACCUGCCACAGGGCCGACCGUGUCAUGCACUCCCACAAGUGCCUGGCAGAUGACUAUAUACCUCUGUCUGCUGCACUGAGCAGUCUUGGAACCCGGGAAGUCAGCCAGCUGAAAAGGAGCUUCCUGAAGCUGGCAGAGCUCUUUGAACGACUGAGGAAGCUGGAAGGCCGGGUAGCCUCUGAUGAGGACCUGAAGCUGUCUGACAUGCUGAGAUACUACAUGCGAGACUCACAAGCAGCCAAGGUGAGAGGUGGCCCGAGGUACUCUCAGGGAUGGAGGUCAUGUGGGGAGAGCAGGCAGCAGAAUCCAUGGCAACAGUCAUCUUGUGCCGAUGACCUUAGGACCUGCUGUACAGGCGGCUUCGGGCACUGGCCGACUAUGAGAACGCUAACAAAGCGCUGGACAAAGCUCGUACAAGGAACCGGGAAGUGCGACCAGCAGAGAGCCACCAACAGCUGUGCUGCCAGCGCUUUGAGCUCCUCUCUGACUCUGCCAAGCAGGAGCUCAUGGACUUCAAGUCCCGCCGCGUCUCCUCUUUCCGAAAGAAUCUCAUUGAGUUGGCAGAGCUGGAGCUCAAGCAUGCCAAGGCCAGCACCCUGCUUCUCAGAAACGCCCUUGUUGCCCUUAAGGGAGAGCCUUAGUGAAUUCAGAUGCUCCUCUGAAACCUUCAGUGACAACGUCCUCACUUCCUACCCUCUCCCCAUAGAGAUGCCCUUCUCUACCAAAGCUGCCACUAGCCACAUGCCCACAGCAGAACCCUUUUUCCUUGCCUGAACCCAGGCCCUAAGGUGGUUGUCCUCCCACCCCCACCUGGGCAGGGCAUCAUGGGGGACACACCUGGCCACAGGUAAGCAGUUUCCAGGGACCCUAGCACUCCUACAGCAGGCUGAGUCAAAUUCUCCAUCCCAUCCCACUUCUGGCUUUUGAAUUCCAAAUAAAGAACCUGGUCUUAUA